AUGGACGUUGUAGUUAUCUGCCAUAACUAUACACUCGUAAUACCUAGUGCGUUUUAUUUAUUUGCUUACGUCGAGAAGCAGCAAGCCGUACCCGUCCAAGAAGCGCCAUCCUUCCAAAGUUUCUCCAACGAUGCCCCUCUUACGAAGCAGAGCGAAAUGGCAGCUGUGGAUGCCGCAGGGACAUCAAAACCUGACUUAGUAAAAGUAGGAGAGGUAGCCGAAUCCAUACUAAAUAGGCUAGGAUUUUCCACAAAAGAUGAAAAGAACGUGAGACGAGCACCAGUUCCUAGUGCUAUGUAUCAGACGGACGACCUCAAUGCAGUCAUUGCUGAAGCGAAUGCGAAUCGCGUUGAUCUGCAGGGUAUAGCUUCCGGGCAGAUUCCUGGACUAGCACCUAUUCCAGUACCUGGGUAUCCUGGACCGCAGGAUGUACCAGAAAUUCCUGGAGUAAAUACCAUACCUGGAUUGAGCAACUUCAACUACUUGGUAGGACAACUCUUCCCACAAAUGAUUCCACCAGCAAAUACACUCCUAGGAUCCUCAAUAAGUAGGAUCUUGCCUAAGGACUCGGCAAAGAACUUGGCUAAGGACGUGUUUAGAGCCGUUCAUCCAGCAGCUGAAAAUGUUGAUGUAGCCAGAAUGAUGGGUCGUUGGUUUACUGUAAUCAACUCUCCACAUGUGAUUCGUGAAGCUUGCACCGUACUCCACUUUGGUGCCCUUACGAACAACACCUAUUCUGCAUCUUUCACGACGCUGAAAUUCUACAGAGAAGGAAAUCCUAACGGUUCUCCA